ACAAGACAGCUGAGGUGUGUGCGCCGGUGCAGAGCCUGCAGUGCCCUCAUGGCUGGUCGGCUCCUUAAAGUCUCCACGGUGGCCACAGCGGUGUUCGCCUCCUCUGGGUUCUACCUCCACAACCGACAGCUGGACAUCAAUGACCUGAGCGUCAUUCGCUUCGGCCGAGCCGCCGCCACAACGGCGGUCAUCAGCUACGACUACCUGACGGCUUUAAAAAACAUGGAGUAUGGCACCGAGGAGUACAUGGCCACCAAAUCCAAGGUACACAGACGAUCGGCCGAGCGGCUCCGAGACCUGUGCUGUGCCAACCGGGGCACCUUCAUCAAGGUGGGCCAGCACCUGGGCGCCCUGGACUACCUGCUGCCCGAGGAGUACACCUCCACCCUGAAGGUGCUCCACAGCCGAGCUCCUCAGAGCAGCAUGGAGGAGAUCCAGCAGGUCAUCAGAGAGGACCUCGGGAAGGAGUUGUCAGAAUUAUUUGUCUCCUUUGAGGAGAAGCCUCAGGGCGCAGCCUCCUUAGCUCAGGUCCACAAGGCAGUGCUGCGUGAUGGGAGGACGGUAGCCGUCAAGGUCCAGCACCCCAAAGUCGAGAGACAAAGCUCCAAGGACAUAGUGGUGAUGGAGGUAUUGCUGAAGGCGGUCCACUGGCUGUUCCCAGACUUUGCCUUCAUGUGGUUGGUGGAGGAGGCGAAGAAGAACAUGCCUCUGGAGCUGGACUUCCUCAACGAAGGCCGCAAUGCUGAGAAGGUGGCCAACAUGCUGGCCCACUUUCCCUUCCUCAGGAUUCCCAUGAUCCACUGGGAUCUUUCCACCAAGAGGAUCCUGACCAUGGAGUUUGCAGAGGGGGGGCAGGUCAACGACAGGGACUACAUGAAGAAACACGGCAUCAAUGUCAACGAGAUCUCAGAGAAUCUGGGUAAGAUGUACAGCGAGAUGAUCUUCGUCCACGGCUUCGUCCACUGCGACCCACACCCAGGCAACGUGCUGGUCCACAAGUGUCCCCAGAGCAAGAAGACCGAGAUCAUUCUGCUGGAUCACGGCCUGUAUCAGGUGCUGCAGCCGGACUUCAGGCUGGACUACUGUCGGCUGUGGCAGGCGCUGAUCAGAGGCGACAUGCCCGGGGUGGAGCGCUACAGCCGCAGGCUGGGAGCCGGAGACCUCUACCCGCUGUUCGCCUGCGUGCUGACGGCGCGCUCCUGGAACGCCGUCAAUGCUGGCAUCAGCUCCGUACCUGUCACACACUCCGAGGACGUUGAGAUCCGGACCAACGCGCCUCUGUACCUGCCUCAGAUCAGCGACCUGUUGAACAGAGUGCCACGGCAGAUGCUGCUGCUGCUGAAGACCAACGAUCUAUUGAGGGGCAUCGAGACCACGCUGGAAACCAGGGCUGCGUCGUCGUCUUUCAUCAACAUGUCCCGCUGCUGCAUAAGGGCGGUGGCCAGGCACAAGAGAAGCAAGGCGAAGUCCAGGAGGAGGCAUCUGCAAAUCACGCUGGCGGAGUCCAUCAGCCUGUGGAAACUGUCGGUGUACGAGCUGCUGCUAUGGCUAAAAGGCUCUGUGAUGGUAAACUGGCUCACUGCCCUGCUGGCAUUUCUGCACUGAGACACAUCUGGACCUCACACUGGAACAUUAGCAACAGGCUCGACCUGCAAACGCUCAAGGGUUUUUCUUUUUUUUUUUUCCCCCCCUCUCUCUCUCUGUCAUUUUAUGCGCCCGUUAAAAUUUUUAACACGUGCCCGAACUGCCCCCCCCCCCCACCACAACCACAUGCACCCACACAGGACUCAGUUCCACUUGUGGUAAUGAUAGUUUGUUUCUCUGUGGAAGAAACAAGUCUUUGAACAUCACUGUAGCCUGACGAUAUCCGGAGAUUCACAACUGUUCCAACUUCAGCACUUUUGUACAGUAACGUCAUAAAGGUACAAUACGUGUUUUCUCUCUGUUGGGAAGUUGAAAUAUUCAAUUUAAUAAGGUUUGCACAAUUCAAGGAAACAGCAGCCAUUCGAUCAUCUUACUCGUUCAUCAAUAAGCUGAAUAGAUAUUAAUUAACCUCUUAACACGCUGUUCUGUAAUUCGAUUCUGAACCAAUAGAUGGUGUCCUGAGUCUGUUGUUGUUUCAACAGGAGAAUUAAGCAGCAGUUCCAGGUGCCUCGCUGCUAUUGAUGGUCCUGCGAAACACUAAGACUCAAUUCAAGCCACAAAUAUCACCAACCAUAGUAUGUCAUCCAGUUGUAGCAUCAAAUGAUGUAAUACCCGCCGAUAAUGUAAUAUUGAUGGACAUUUUAGAUGUAAUUCAGCCAAAAAGGAAAUGGUAUAGUGACAAAGUAAAAACACACAGCCUUAAUUGAGAGAGAGAAAGUAGUUCAUUGUCUGUUAUACUUUCUUGACACCAAACCAUGGCUCUUGAUUAUCAGCUAUAAUUAAAAAAAUAAAUAAAUAAUUGUGACAUUACGGGCAAAAUAUUUUUUUCACAUCAUCAACAAGUUACUCUAUAUUUGGCUUUAUUUCAUUUAAAUAACCAAGCAGAUAUUACUUUUUUGGCUGUUAUUACAUUAUUGUUUGCUACAAGAGUUAGUCUGGAUUCAUUCAUGAUUCAUGAAAAAGUUUAAAAAUUCAAGAUCAACUUAACUUUUUUGUACUGUACUGUUACGUCAAUGAAACAGAGAAUAAAUAUGGUGAACUGUGUAGCGAAGCAGCUGGGUCCUUCACCUUUACACUCAUGUGAAGAGUAAUUGUGACAGAUGGUUGGUUGUAGUGAGUUAAACUCUCAUCGGAGGUGAUCUGUAGUUCCUGUCUGCCUGUGUGAUGCUGGACUACUGAUUCAUUCCUGUUCGUCUUCAACAUACCUCAGAAUGACGUUUGCGCCUCAUUUUGGAUUUUCUGGUCAAGCCGAAUGGAAGAAAGACUGAAGGAAGUUUUUUUUUUUUUUAAUGUUUAUUUUUCAGUGUUGGUUCUUAGUCUUAUUUUCAGGCUGAAGACUGUACACUCAUUCCUCAAACUCAACCGUUUGUAUUACGUUUUACUUCUAUUGUUACUCUACUUAUCUAAGUAUUGUCAUCACCUUGAGACGAGUUGUGUGGAAGCUGUGCGGCUCUUCAUGCGGCUGCUCGUUGCCUUAUUUCAGACCGUUUUUUUUUCUUCAUGUUUUCCAAAAGUGGCUUAUAGUCCUGAUCUCCCUCCUUCCCUUUGUUUCCUCUGUCAACAUUAAAAACAUUCAUCCAGCGAUACCUAAUAGUUACUUUACAAGGAAUUCUCUUUCUGCACGGACACUUGGCGAGCAGCUGAACGCACAUCAACAAGGUCACCGUUCAGCAUGGUGUCGGACUGAUGCUGGAGUACAAUGGGAGGAACCCAAAAGGCAAAGGGGCAUCAUGCAAACUCAGCAUGGAAAGGUCCUGUCAGCUGGUUGAAACAAAGAAAUCACCUCAAUGUCUUUCUCCUCAUUUUUAACACUGGGGCAGCUGUUUCUUAACUAUGUUUGAUUUCUCUGCAACAACUUUUUGUUUGUAUAUAUAUGUCAGUCAUCGAAAUAUCGUUUUGCAUUGGACUGAGAACGUUUGGUCACAGGAAGUCACUGUAAACUUUAUGUGAAUUAUUUCAUAUGAAUAUGGAGAACCAUGCAGAAAAAACAAGUGUACAAUCAUCCAAACCUCAGACAGAUGGAGCAUUUAAAAGGUCAUAACGCAUUACGGACAUUUUUUUUUUCUUUAAAGAAAUGCCAGUUUGCAUUUACUUCUUACCGGCGAAGUUGUACUUGGUUUGGAUCCUUUAGGUCGAUAUCGAGGGAAAAGUCAGUGCAGCUUCAAGGACCUCAAGUUCAGAUUUCAUCAGUGUUUCAGUGUUGUUUACACAGCACGUUGUCAUUGUUCUACUAUUUCAGUGACCUAAACGUACGUCUCUGCCAUGUUGCUGGUUGGGCUUUUGAGGUUAUGGAGUUUUUGUGAAUAUAAUAUCAUCUGAUUUCACUGGAAGGUUUUAUGAACCUGUCCAUACUGCUUGGAGCUAACAGCUGCAAUCAACACUACAAUUGUUUUGUUUGUUUGUUUUUUUAUUCAAGGAACUAAUUUUAGAAAUUCAAAACUCGGAGGCUACUGGUAAUGAUCGUAAUCAUGAUAAACAGCUGAACUGUCUGUACAUUAUUAGACCUCCAAAUUCUACAGCAGCCAGAGAUCACAUAACAAAACAACUUUAUCUCAACACCUGCAGUCUGUGAAUUCAAGCAUUUGCAGACUAUCUUUUCAGCACAUUUGUAUAAUUUGUGGAAGACAUAAACUAAAUCCAACAAGUAAAAAAAUAAUCAAACUUCUGACAUUUGCAUGAGUUUUUUGCAUCCCCAUGUUAUAUUCUUUAAGCUGAACUCGUAUUUAUAUGAAGCUUUGCUACUUGACAGAUAAGCCAAAGUUCCUUAUUUAGUCCUCUCUAUUUGUCCUUUAAUUUAUUAUGUGCAUUGCAGUAGUUUCACGGUGUUACACGCGUUACCUUCGAGAUGUGUGUAAUUUCCAGUCAUGUGAUGCUACACCUGUCAGCCAUGAUGCAAGACGAGUAAUCCCCUAUAUAAUUAGCUUCUGGUAAUUACAGAGGAGAUCCACAAUGAGCCAUUUCACACACAACACCAGUGUCUGAUUUAGCCAAACCCACAGGAUGUAACGCAUAACGAGCCUACCUGCCCUUUUCCUCUGUUUUCCACAGUUCUGUGUCAGACUAGACCGUCUGCGCUUGAACUCCUCUGGUCACGGUUCAUGCAUUUGAUGCAGUACAACUAUGAAACGCACACUUCUGAAUGCCACUCCCACCACUCUCCCAACUUGCCUUUAUUUUGUUUUCAUAUGAAAGGUCCAUUGUUUUUGAGUUCACAUCUAAAUAUUGGAUAGUGAAUUUAUUUCCCUCACUGUUAGGUUUUUGUUGUGCCGAUUGUCUUUUGUUUUUGUUUUCUUCUGUAGUCGAUGGAAUGUUACAAACUGUUUGCCAAACCGGAACUUGGAUAUUUCAUCUUCUGAUAAUAAAACUAUUCAAAG